AUGGUUAAAGAUUGCAUGGAGUAUGCACAAAGGUGUCAAGCUUGUCAGUUUCAUGCAAACUUCAUCCAUCAACCACCAGAGCCAUUGCAUCCAACGAUUGCUUCCUACCCCUUCGAUGUGUGGGGACUUGAUGCUGUAGGGCCCAUAACUCCAAAAUCCUCCGCCGGUCACUCAUACAUUCUAGCGGUUACGGAUUCCUUUUCAAAGUGGGCAGAGGCGAUGCCGCUUAAGGAAAUAAAGAAAGAAAAUGUUGUAGACUUCAUCAAAGGGAAUAUCAUUCAACGAUAUUGUGUUCCGCGCUGCAUCAUCACAGACAACGCCAAGUACUUUUCCAAUAGUGCCAUGGAGAAACUCUGUGAGAAAUAUCACUUCAAGCUACACUUUUCUUCUAUGUACAAUGCCCCCGCUAACAGAUUGGCUGAGGCAUUCAACAAGACAUUGUGUAAUAUUUUGAAGAAGGUUGUCAGCAAAACAAAAAGGGAUUGGCAUGAAAGAAUGGGCGAGUUGCUCUAG